GCUAGAGGACGGUGGAUGCUGCGUUUAUAUCUUGGAGAUGAAAACGAUACCGUUCAUUUAAGUUUCAGACAUGAACAAAAAUGCUUUAUUUGUGUGUAUGGGAGUAGUUAAUGCUCUCUUGGAACUGGAUUUUAUCUUCGAUUUUCUCGAUGGGAAAUAACAUAUUCUAACGGACCUGAGAUGACAAAGAGAAUGGGAUACCGAGACUUGAGAUGGCAGGCGCUUUGGUGGCAUCAUUUCUUUCUCUUGUGGACUUCAAUAGACGGACAGACUCGUUACAGCAUCCCGGAGGAACUAAAACAGGGCUCUGUGGUAGGAAAUCUAGCCAAAGAUCUGGGUUUGGGACUUUCAGAUAUGUUUGAUCGUAAACUGCGAGUCGCCUCUGAGGCUGGUGAGCAGUAUUUCAGUGUGGAUGCGGGGAAGGGCGAGCUGGUGGUGAAUGACAGAAUAGACAGAGAGGCGUUAUGUGGACAAAGUGCCAGCUGUGUGUUGCCUUUGCAGAUCGUUCUUGAAAACCCGCUAAAUUUGCAUCGUAUUGAGGUAGAAAUAAAAGAUAUAAAUGAUAAUUCACCCAGAUUUCACACAAAAGAAAUGUCUUUGAAAAUUGCCGAAUCGGCAGCAGUGGGGGCUCGUUUUCUUUUGGAGAGUGCAGAGGAUCCAGAUGUUGGAAGUAAUUCGUUGAAAUCAUACACCUUGAAUAAAAACGACUGUUUUACGUUGAAAAUGAAGGAGGUUGAGGAUGGCAAAACAGUCCCCGAGUUAGUGUUAGAGAAGCCUCUUGAUAGAGAGAAGAAAGCAGUUCAUCAGCUGCUACUGACCGCAUUAGACGGGGGGAACCCAGUCAUGUCUGGUACCUCACAGAUCACAAUCACAGUGCUUGAUAACAACGACAAUUUCCCAGUAUUUGAUAAAAAUAUAUAUAAAGUGUCCUUACAAGAGAAUACUGCAAAGGAUACUUUUGUUGUCAAAAUGACAGCAACUGAUGCUGACGAGGGACCAAACGGAGAAGUUGAAUUUUCUUUUGGCUUGCGGACACCGGAUUCCGUCUCAUCGGUGUUUGAGGUAAAUUCUGUAACAGGCGAAAUAUAUUUGACAGGAGACUUAGAUUAUGAAAGAGCCACAUCUUACAAAAUUGAAAUAACUGCGAAAGACAAGGGGGUUCCUGAAAUGGAGAGUCACUGUCGUCUACAGAUUGAUGUUGUAGAUGUUAAUGAUAACACUCCAGAUAUUGUUCUCACUUCUGAACCGCAGCCAGUGCGCGAGGAUGCACCAAGUGGCACAGUGGUGGCUCUGCUCAACGCACGUGACGCUGACUCCGGUAAUAAUAGCAAAGUGACAUUGCAACUACCCAAAGGGUCUCCCUUUACUCUAAAGCCAUCUUUUUCGAAUAAUUACGCACUAAUUACAAAUGGUCCUUUAGACAGAGAGAGUUUCUCAGAGUAUAACAUUGAGAUAACUGCCACUGAUUCAGGCUCUCCUCCUCUGUCCAGUAAGAAAACUAUACCAGUCAGCAUCACUGAUGUGAAUGACAACCCUCCUGUAUUCACUCAGCCCUCCUAUAAUGUAUAUUUAAAAGAGAAUGGGGUACCAGGAUCUAUACUGUACUCAGUAUCAGCCUCUGACCUGGAUUUUGGUGAAAAUGCUAAAAUCUCUUACUCUAUACUGGACUCUAAAGUGCAGGACGUUUCUGCCUCGUCGUAUGUUUACAUUAACUCAGAUAACGGCAGCAUCUACAGCAUGCACUCGUUUGACUAUGAGAAACUGAAGGUGUUUCAGAUUCAGGUUCAGGCAAAGGAUCAGGGCUCUCCGUCUCUCAGCAGUAACGCCACUGUCCAUGUUUUUAUCCUGGACCAGAACGACAACGCCCCCGCUGUUAUUUACCCCUCCUCCGCUGCCCUGGGCUCCCUCUCUCAUCAGAGGAUGCCCCGCUCCGCUAAAGCGGGUCACCUGGUUACUAAGGUGACGGCCGUGGACGCUGACUCGGGCCAUAACGCCUGGAUCUCCUACAAACUGGCGGAGGCCACAGACGCCUCUCUGUUCACUGUCAAUCUGUACACAGGGGAGGUGAGGACUAAACGCGCUGUGUCCGAGCAGGACGACUCCUCUCAGAGGCUGCUUAUAGAGAUCAGGGACGACGGGGAACCGGUCCAGUCCUCCACCGUCACGGUGUCCAUCCUGCUGGAGGACGGUCUCCAUGAGCCCAUCUUAGACCUCCGACAGAAAGCGGCCGAGCCCAGCAAGAAAACUGGGAGAAUCACCCUUUAUUUGAUUCUGUCUCUGGCCUCGGUGUCCGUGCUGUCUCUGUUGACUUUUCUCAUCUUAGCGGUUAAAUGCAUCAGGAGCAGCAGAAGCAGCGGUAGCUGCUGCAUGAGACGGUCCGACUGUGAUGAUUACAAGAACCCCAACAGAAACCUGCAGAUUCAGCUCAACACUGAUGGACCUAUAAAGUACGUGGAGGUCCUGGGAGGAGACAUGUUGUCUCAGAGUCAGUCCUUCAGGUCCUGCAUGUCUCCAAUGUCAGAGUACAGUGAUUUCACUCUGAUUAAGCCCAGCAGCACCACUGACUUUAAGGAGGUGAUCAGUGUCCUGGAUGCGUCUUUACCCGACAGCACCUGGACCUUUGAGAGCCAGCAGGUGAGCAGAAAACAAUAG